GCAGAGCAGUGGACAAGUAGAGCCGGUUCUAAAAAACACUUGAUUUUUCAAAAAAAAAAAAAAAAAAAACUGUUUAAAACUAAAGAAAUUCCGAAGAAAUUAAACAGCAAAGAGUUAUGUAUAUAUAUUAGAGGCUGCAAUUUACCUAAUUUGUCAAAGUUCAAAAUUCCCUUCCUAAAAUCUUCUUCUGCUUCUCACGCAUACUGGUUGCACUGUCGCUGUUAAUUUGCGCUUCUAAGGUAGAGGAAAUUGGAAUAUGGAGGACGAUGGCUAUGUGGAAUAUGUUCCAGUGGCAAAAAGACGGGCAUUGGAGGCACAAAAGAUUCUUCAGAGAAAGGGAAAGGCCUCUGCUCUAGAAGAUGAAUUGGAGAAAUCAAAACUUGCUGAAGCAAAACCCAGCCUUCUUGUCAAGGCUUCCCAACUUAAGCGUGACCAACCUGAAAUUAGCCAGACAGAGCAAAUUGUGCAGCAAGAGAAGGAGAUGAUAGAACAUUUAUCAGAUAGGAAAACACUAAUGUCUGUUCGUGAAUUGGCUAAGGGGAUCACGUAUACUGAGCCUCUAUUGACUGGAUGGAAACCACCACUUCAGAUUAGAAGAAUGUCCAGAAAGCAGUGUGAUGCGAUUCGGAAACAGUGGCACAUUAUAGUUGAUGGUGAGGAUAUUCCCCCACCAAUAAAGAAUUUUAAAAGUAUGAGAUUUCCUGAGCCUAUUUUGAAGAAGCUAAAAGAUAAAGGGAUUGUGCAGCCUACUCCCAUUCAGGUGCAGGGACUUCCUGUUAUCUUAACAGGAAGGGAUAUGAUUGGGAUUGCUUUUACAGGAUCUGGCAAAACCCUGGUUUUUGUGCUUCCGAUGAUUAUGGUUGCUUUGCAGGAGGAGAUUAUGAUGCCCAUCGCGCCUGGAGAAGGACCUUUUGGUUUGAUUAUUUGCCCUUCAAGAGAACUUGCCAGACAGACUUAUGAAGUGGUGGAACAGUUUUUGAUUCCUAUGAAAGAGGCUGGGUAUCCAGAGUUGAGGCCAUUGCUCUGUAUUGGUGGAGUGGAUAUGAGGUCGCAGUUGGAGGUUGUGAAGAAGGGUGUACAUAUUGUUGUUGCAACUCCCGGGCGGUUGAAGGACAUGCUAGCAAAGAAGAAAAUGAAUCUGGACAAUUGCAGGUAUCUGACAUUAGACGAGGCUGAUAGACUGGUGGAUUUGGGCUUCGAGGAUGAUAUAAGAGAAGUCUUUGAUCACUUUAAAGCUCAAAGGCAAACUCUUUUAUUCUCUGCCACCAUGCCUACAAAAAUUCAGAACUUUGCCAGAAGUGCUUUGGUAAAGCCUGUUACUGUUAAUGUUGGAAGGGCAGGAGCUGCAAACCUUGAUGUGAUCCAGGAGGUUGAGUAUGUAAAACAGGAAGCAAAGAUUGUUUAUCUUCUGGAGUGCCUGCAGAAGACACCACCUCCAGUUCUAAUUUUCUGUGAGAACAAGGCUGAUGUGGAUGACAUUCAUGAAUAUCUCCUUUUAAAGGGAGUUGAGGCUGUGGCCAUUCAUGGAGGCAAAGACCAGGAAGAGAGAGAAUAUGCAAUUUCUUCCUUCAAAGCGGGCAAGAAAGAUGUCCUUGUUGCCACUGAUGUUGCCUCGAAGGGUUUGGAUUUUCCCGACAUUCAACAUGUGAUAAAUUAUGAUAUGCCAGCAGAAAUUGAAAAUUAUGUCCACAGGAUUGGACGAACAGGAAGGUGUGGUAAGACAGGAAUUGCAACAACCUUCAUAAACAAAAACCAGAGUGAGACAACACUCCUUGAUUUGAAACACCUGUUGCAAGAAGCAAAACAGAGGAUCCCACCUGUUUUGGCAGAGCUAAAUGAUCCAAUGGAAGAUGGAGACACAAUCACUAAUGCAAGUGGUGUUAAGGGCUGUGCCUAUUGUGGUGGGCUUGGUCACCGUAUUCGCGAUUGUCCCAAAUUGGAGCACCAGAGAUCGCAGCAACUUGCUAACUCCAGAAGGGAUUACUUUGGUUCUGGAGGGUAUAGGGGAGAAAUCUGAUGUUUUUGUAGCAUCUUCAGUUGAGCCGGUAUGCAUGUUUUUGAAUAUUGUAUCUGUUAAGUCUUUUAAUGGCAUUAUCCAGUAUUAAAUAGUGAUAUUCUUAUUUAUUUUCAUAGUUAAAAUAUGUGAAUGUAAUCCAAGAUUGCUGUAAUAGGAACAUUAGUUCGCACACAAUCAAGAAUCGGCUCGUCUCUAUCCA